AUGUUUUUCAGUGAACCAUCAAUUAGUCGUCGUUUGUCAAAUGAGGAUCAAUCUUCUGAACGAAUAAAAUUCAAAGAUGAUCCGAAAGAAAAUAAUAAUAUCGGUGUAAGUACAAUUGAUGAAGAAUAUCUUAUUGAUACAGUGAAAAAUGGACAAAGUUAUGACGAAAAUAAUUUAUCAUCCAACACCAUUGAGGGAAGAGCUAAGAUAAAAUUCGAAGAUAAUUUUGAUGAAGAAGAAAGUAGUCCUGGGAAUGUCGUAUUUGAAGAUGACGCUAAAUAUGACGAAAAUAAUCUUAACUAUGUCGAUGAUGACGAAAGGGAUUUACAAAGUUCUGGAAAGCCGAUCAAAUUCGAAAAUCAAGACAAUAAUUCUGGAUCCUAUACGAGACUUCAAGGUCCCGCCAUAAAUUCUGCUACUGAACAACUUGUUUUUGCUGAUAGUAAUAGGAAUAAAGAACCUACCAAACAAAAUAUAAGAAGACCAAGAAGAAAGCCUCGUUUCCAAGGACCAACAACACAAAAUGAUAAUUUAAACUACCCUGGAUAUCAAAGGCCAAAUCAUCCAAGUUCUGGAAAUCCAAAUGCAGGAUACCCAACCUACCCAUCGCAGGGUUAUACUCUCCCUGGAUAUGGUUAUCCAGGUUAUCCUGCAUCUUUAGCAGGAACAGCAUUUUCAAAUUCUGCCUAUCCAGGUUACGCACCCUACCCUGGUUCACUUUACCCACUAGUGAAAACAGGAUAUGGAAUUUAUAAGCCAUCAGGAAACUAUCCAAAUCCUGGAUUGGGUUUUCCAAACGGACAAACUAAUAUAAGAUUCCCAAACCAACAGUUUAUUGGGUCACAAAAUCCAGUCUCACAAAAUAGCCAGCCAGCUUCACCAGUUUCAGCCUAUCCUGUCCCACAAUAUCCGUACCAACAGGUUUAUCCAGUGCCAGGAUAUCCUCAACCUUACCCCGGCAGUAAUAACCCACAAUAUCCUUUGCAAGCUCAAGCGCAGUACAGACCUCCUGGGAAUCCAUAUGCUUAUCCAGGAUAUCCAAAUGGACUGAACAGGCCAUCUCGUCGUCCAAAGUCCUUUUCCGAGAGAGCAGUCUCAGCAGUAGCCGAAGCACUGACGUCAAUAGCCCUGUAUGAUGACCAGCAGUGCGUGCCGAAGAUCCUGUGUGAAGUGGCUGGUGGCAGCAGCACGGCUUCAUCACCAAUGCUGCUGAAAGCUUCUGCUAGUCUUCAACCUUUGUUAACGCUACUUCAGGCCUACAACGGAGUGAGUUCAUCACCGCUGUUUAUAUUCAGUCUUGCUGCAAUUAUGGGUUUAACGGCUAAAGGAAAUCCCACAGAAUGUCGCCGUGCUUAUCCUCAAUGUCCAAACGACCCUGAAAAACUAAUCAACUACCUAAACAACCAUAAUGGAGGCUUCUUCAGAUUCUUUGGGCAACCAGAAGUUCCGCAAAAACAACAAAAUUUGGAGCAAUUCUACAAUUAUCUUUCUGGACAAUAUGGAUUUCAACAGCAGACACAACAAAAUUAUGGACUUCUGAAUCAGUUUAGUUAUGGCUUACUGCCCCAAAACGGCAAUCCUUAUAAUCAGGGUUACACACAAAAUUCUUAUAGAAACAGCAAUACUUCUGAAAGCGAGAUUGAAGAACGUAUACAAAACAAACCAGGAAUAGAUAUUUUAGAUGGUGAUAAUGAUGAUGAUUUUUACGAAGACCAAGAAAAAGGUUCUAAAUGGUCCUUCCCAGAUCAAGUAGGAACGAAGAAGCCGAAAUAUAUAGAAUACACUAAAAUAAAUGAACCAGUCAGGCCACCAAGAUCAAGUAAAACUUUGAAAUUCCCUGAUGAUAAAACGGAAAAUAGGCUAGAAAAUUACAGACCCAGUGAUUAUCCAAGGAAACAAAAAAAUAUAUUCUUUCCUGAACAAAAUUAUUAUCAAACAAAUACCAACUAUCAAACAACUACUCUUAAUUCUGACGAGUAUGUUUUUGAUCAUAAACACGGUUUUUAUGUCAAAAGACCGAAAGCUACACCUAUAAGAGAAGAAAGACCAACAACAUAUAACAAUGAAAAUGUAGUUUAUGUAGUAAGAGGGAAUGGUGAUCCUAAUCACCCAGAAAUUGUUAAAGUUAGGCCUGGUGAGAGUAUCUAUACAUGA